AUGGCAGCUCCCGCCGCGGUCAACCCGUCCGAGAUGGGCAGUGAGUUACCAGGCACAGUGGCGAUGCCGGGGGCGGUAGGAGGCGGUCAGGUGAGGAUGGGAGGAGCGGUGCCAGGCCGCGGGGGAAAGAGGAGAUCUGCAGGAAUGGACUUUGAUGACGAAGAUGGAGAGGGACCCAGCAAAUUUUCCAGAGAGAACCACAGUGAGAUUGAACGGCGUCGGCGCAACAAAAUGACCCAGUACAUCACCGAGCUGUCAGACAUGGUGCCCACUUGCAGCGCUCUGGCCCGGAAGCCUGACAAACUGACCAUCCUGCGUAUGGCUGUCUCCCAUAUGAAAUCCAUGAGGGGCACCGGCAACACGUCCACUGAUGGGGCCUACAAGCCCUCCUUUCUCACUGAGCAGGAACUGAAGCAUCUGAUUCUGGAGGCAGCGGACGGCUUCCUGUUUGUGGUUGCCGCGGAGACAGGGCGGGUGAUAUACGUGUCGGACUCAGUGGCGCCGGUGCUGAACCAUCCCCAGUCCGAGUGGUUUGGCAGCACUCUGUAUGAACAGGUCCACCCUGACGAUGUGGACAAGCUGAGGGAGCAGCUCAGUACUUCAGAAAACUCCAUGACAGGGCGGAUUCUGGACCUGAAGACUGGAACAGUGAAGAAGGAAGGACAGCAGUCCUCCAUGAGGAUGUGCAUGGGCUCCCGCCGGUCUUUCAUCUGCCGCAUGAGGUGUGGGACUGCUCCUCUGGAUCACAUCUCCCUAAACCGCCUGUCGAACAUGAGGAAGAGAUACAGGAAUGGCCUUGGGCCUUCAAAAGAAGGAGAGGCUCAGUACUCUGUGGUGCAUUGCACUGGCUACAUCAAAGCCUGGCCGCCUGCAGGUAUGACAAUACCAGAAGAAGACACCGAGGCCGGUCAGACUGGGAAAUACUGCCUAGUGGCCAUUGGAAGACUGCAGGUGACCAGCUCUCCGGUUUCCAUGGAUAUGAACGGCCUGUCUGUGCCCACAGAGUUCCUGUCACGUCACAACUCGGAUGGCGUCAUUACCUUUGUGGACCCGCGCUGCAUCAACGUCAUUGGUUAUCAGCCUCAGGACUUGCUGGGGAAAGAUAUUCUGGAGUUCUGCCAUCCUGAGGACCAGAGUCAUUUGAGAGAAAGUUUCCAACAGGUGGUGAAGCUGAAGGGUCAGGUUCUGUCUGUGAUGUAUCGUUUCCGAAUGAAGAAUAGAGAGUGGAUGCUGAUCCGAACCAGCAGCUUCACCUUCCAGAACCCGUACUCUGAUGAGAUAGAGUACAUCAUCUGUACCAACACAAACGUCAAGCAGUUACAGCAGCAGCAGCAAGCGGAGCUGGAGGUGCACCAAAGGGAUGGACUGACUGCCUACGAUCUUUCACAGGUGCCUGUGGCCAGCGUCAGCGGUGGAGUCCACGAGGCAGCGAAGAACAUCGACAAGCCCGAAGUCCUGUUCUCUCAGGAGAGAGACCCGCGCUUUGCUGAGAUGUACACUGGCAUCGCUGGCUCGGCAGAUAAGAAGAUGAUGGUUCCCUCCUCCACAGCUGGAGGACAGCAGCUGUACUCUCAGAGCUCUCCUUUCCAGCAGGCGCACGCUGGCAAGAGCUUCAGUUCCUCUGUGAUCCAUGUCCCCGGUGUUAACGACAUCCAGCCGUCAGGCUCAACCAAUCAGAACCUGGCACAGAUUUCCAGACAGCUCAAUCCUGGCCAGGUGGCAUGGUCAGGCAACCGCCCCCCCUUCUCUGGACAGCCCAGCAAAGCCCAGUCCAGUCCAUUUGGUAUUGGUUCUGGCCACAGCUACCAGACCGACCCGGCGUCAUACAGCCCCCUGUCAUCCCCGGCCACUUCCUCCCCCAGCAGCAAUGCCUACUCAGGACUGACCAACCGCAGCACAGCUUUUGAUGUUUCAGGGGAGGGCAGUCAGAGUGGAGCCCAGUUCCAGGGUCGUCCCAGUGAGGUCUGGUCCCAGUGGCAGAACCAGCAUCACUCCCAGCAGGCCGGUGAACAGCACACACACCCCAACUCCAGCCAGACAGAAGUCUUCCAGGACAUGUUACCCAUGGCCGGAGAUCCCAGCCAGGGAACAGCCAACUACAACAUAGAGGACUUCGCUGACCUCGGCAUGUUCCCCCCCUUCUCUGAGUAAUACCCCCGGCGCCCCAUUUUCUCUUCCCCUCUCCCUCUCAGAACUGGACUGAAGUUUGCGUUCAUCUGUCAUGUUAUUUCGUUUUUCUAUAUUUCUGGAUCACCCAUGUGCAGCACAGAGAAUGUCUGCGUGCACUUGUCAUUUGCAUUCAUACAAACGCACAGUUCACUGAUGUUUAUAGCUGCAAACAUACACAUACAGUGCUUCAUCUGUGCAAAAGGACCCCGCUGACAGAUGGAGGGCACAUCAGCUCUCCGCCAUCUCAAUGAUGACAGCUAUGAGAACAACUGGGGCCGUGUGUUCGGCUCCCUGCAGGCAGCCUCCACUAUUCCCAUCCAAGAUUUGACUCUUCCUGUCUCGCACAUUUGACAAACCAGAACUCAAGUCAUAUUUUGUCAGCAGUCCAUGAAGAUGAGCACCACGUAUGCUCGACCAAUUAUUACACUACACCCAGAGAUCUGUUGUGGAGUACAAAUCAUUGUGCUCUCCCCGCUGCAUAGCAUCAACUAAAUCAGUGCAGUCAAUGUCCUGCAACAGGGCUGACACAGAGCCCUGUCUGGAGGUUCUUGCCAAGAUUUUAUUAUUGUUAAGUUUCUUUUUAUAUGAUUGUUUUAGCUUAUUUUGUACAACUUCAAAUUUGACCAAAAUAUGAAUUUAUUGACUCAACGAGAUAGAUUUGAUCAAAUCACAUAACAUUUUUGGCUGUGCGUCAGCUCUACGUUAACAGCAUCACUGGGUUCUACACUAGAGUGUCUGACAGUAGAACAGUAGAAACAAAAGCUUUGGCAGGUGAAUAAAUACAAAUAAGAUAAACACAAGGGGAACUUCCGAUCAAACUUCAAAAAUAGACUUCUCUCUCAGGGUUUCCAUAAAGUCCUCUGUGCACAUUGAAUAUUUCAAAAGAAGAGGUGGAAAAAAUAGGUUCUGUACCUUAUGCUUCGAACCAAGCCUGCAGGGCUGAGAGUGAGUGUAAGCAGCACAUCCUGCUAUGCUGCUGUAGGUCUCACCAAACAGCAGCAUGCAACUCUGUCUGCAAGCGUGAUUGUACUGUAAUGCAGGCACACAUGUUUACAUAAAUAUCUAGAAGAAUAACACACCCUCAGUCAUACAUUUGAGCUGUCCGUUGGCCUUUGCAGCUCACAUGAAUCGUAAUUUCUUUUGCAGAUUUUACGUGUGGAAGUCUGCUUUAUGCUCAGCCAAAGGUCAACACAGGCAUGUUAGCAUCCUUUCAUGAGUAACUUUAAGCAUAACCAUAUGCACAUAAUAUCCCAACAGGACCAGUAACGCAGCAGCCGACCAACCUCCUCUGUCGAUACCUACACACAGUGAGAGUUCUGUGAGUGUUGUACACCUCCAUCUGUCAUCCCUUUCUCCAUCAACCUUAUUGUGUGAGCUGUGUGCAGUGAUGUCCACAACCCAAGUAUUGAAGGAUUCUAUGUAUAAAUUUAAAUCAAAUCAAAUACUCAUUGCAGACCGUUGCAAAGCUAAGGCUUAAAGUGCACUUCAUGAAGCGAACUGCUAAUCUCACCAGCCUGCUUUAAAAGGGAAAAACCGCCAUACGGUCCAAACAAGGCGCAUUAUUUAGUGUACUUGGUGUUCUUCAGCUCUGGCUAUUCAAUUUUAUUACUUAAUAAUCUUUUCAACUAUUAAGAGACUGAAUAAUACUUUAUAGCGGUGAGCUUUUACAUGAUAGAUUGUACAAUGUCUCUGACGGACAGAUGGGAGAACCUCCAACAGACACCCGAGUCCUUUUGCUAAAAAUCUCAAAUUGAUGUUUUUUUGUACAUAAUGCGAUUUUUAUUUUGACUUGUGUAACUUUCACACAGUACAUGUUUUUUUGUGUAGGUUUUAAUGAUAUUGUGUGCAAUGUGAGUACAUAUUUAACUAUUGGUAUUUAGUUAGUCUGUUAAUUGUACAUUGAGUUCUAGACCAGUAAAAACGGUGUAAAUGUGACCCAUUAUUUUCGUGUAACAAAUUGUGCUUGUGUCAAUAAAUUCUUAUUGGUUACGUGGCUUCC